CCUAAACCUUUAUUAUGCCAUCUCAAAGGUCAAAAAAUAUCCUUGAGGGUUUACUGUAAAUCACUCAAAUGUAACAGAUCUUAAUCCGCUUUAUCUUUCCCCACUCCAGUGCGUCUAGUGGGUCAACCUGUUAAUCUUAAAACCACCAGCCAAUCUGAUUCUGUUGACUGUGCAAAAAACGUCGAUAGGGGGCACUGUGGGACAUCCAGCCACAUGCUUUCAUUCUGUAUCUCUAUGGGGCGCGUUCUUUUCGGUCCCAUGCAGAUAGAAAACUAUAGAGCACAAAAACCUCUUAAUUUUCUGUUUUGUUUGGAUUGAUUUCGUGGCAGAUACAGAGCGUGUCUAUGUAGAGGUGAAUGGCGGGGAAGACGAGAGCUUCUGGAAGUUAAUUUUUGGACCAUUCAGAAUCCCCUAGGCAGCAUAGACACUUCGGGGAGUCCAGUCGAAACACUAACUUCUGUUAAGCUCUGCACACCGCGGUUCCUUUAGUUGAGGUGUAGGCUUUGAGUCAGUGGAUCUAGGCGACAGCUGGAAUGACUCCACCUGCAAUAUGCUACACGGUAGGAAUCUCUCCCAGCGUCAGCAUGAUAGUUUAUUAAUAAUAUCGGGCGUUUCUGUUUUUCAGAGGAUGAGUCCACUUGUAGUAUCUUCAUCCUUUACACAGCCUUCUGUUUCUACCUCACGUUAUUGUCUGCAUCCCAAUAGCAUGUAUAUUGCUGCCGUGGAGACUUGUAUCUAUGGAGUUACACUUGGAGAAAGUGACCGCGACAGGUUCUUCAAGCCAGUUGUUUCCAGACUUGGACAUGCAUGUAAUAUGCCGCGAUCUCCUGCUGUAGCAUCACACCGCCCUCCCCAGUCAUAGGGAAAUUAUAACGCUGGACUCCCCUCUGCGCGUUUGGCCAAACUCUUGUCCCGGGCAAUCUAAUGAUGAGAGAGAUACGUCGGAAAGACCAUGACAUGCUUUCCCCCUAUCACGGCGUCUCCCCCUCUGUAGAAGUGCUGUUGGGAAAGAGCCACGCUAUGACGGAGCAGGAAGGCUUCCACCGGAAGCCCGAAGAAAAUGGCGACGGAAGUAAACCGGAAGUUCCGAGGCGGCUAAAAAACAAGAGAGUUUGCCUGGCAGCGAAGAGUGUCCCUACCACUGCGGCUGCGCGGAAGUGAGGGCCGGUUGUUUUUCGAAGGGGUUACCGCACCAGGGUUGAAAUUCGGAGGCGAGUCGAGGGUCGGCGGGGAAGGUUGGCUCUUGCGGUCGUCGGGACGGGGCGUCCUUCUCCCUCGCCUUUUGCCCGUCGGAAAAGACGACAUGGACAUUCUGAAGGCGGAAAUCGAGCGGAAACGAAAGCUGCUGGAGGAGAAAGAGUUGUUGGCGGGCAAUAAAAAAUAUUUUAAGCGUGGUGAUUUGGCUAAGAAGGAAGAAGAGGCAUAUUUCCAGAGAUGUGGCUACAAGCCUGUAAGUGAGAAGCCAGCAGGAGAGAUACAGCAAGAGGAGGAAGAGGAGGAGAAGAAGGCAAUAACUUCAUCAAAUCCUGUGUUGGAACUCGAGUUGGCAGAGGAGAAGUUACCCAUGACUCUUUCUAGACAAGAGGUCAUUAGGAGACUGAGAGAAAGGGGGGAGCCUGUCCGGCUAUUUGGAGAAACAGAUUAUGACGCCUUUCAGCGGUUGCGAAAAAUAGAAAUUUUGGCACCAGAAGUGAAUAAGGGGUUGAGAAAUGACCUCAAGGCUGCUUUGGAUAAAAUUGACCAGCAGUAUCUGAAUGAAAUUGUGGGUGGCCAGGAGCAGGGAGAAGAUGACACACAGAAUGAUCUCAAAGUCCAUGAAGAGAACACAACCAUUGAAGAACUGGAGGCUUUGGGGGAAUCAUUAGGACAAGGUGAUGAUCAUAAAGACAUGGAUAUCAUAACCAAAUUCUUGAAGUUUCUUCUUGGAGUCUGGGCCAAGGAGCUGAAUGCCCGAGAAGAUUAUGUGAAACGAGGUGUACAAGGAAAGCUGAAUAGUGCCACUCAGAAACAGACAGAAUCGUAUCUGAGACCUCUGUUCAGAAAGCUUCGGAAAAGGACUCUUCCUGCAGACAUCAAGGAAUCGAUAACUGAUAUUAUCAAGUUUAUGCUGCAAAGAGAGUAUGUCAAGGCCAAUGAUGCCUACCUUCAGAUGGCUAUUGGCAAUGCGCCUUGGCCUAUUGGCGUUACUAUGGUUGGCAUCCAUGCCCGAACUGGUCGGGAGAAAAUUUUCUCGAAACACGUGGCUCAUGUUCUGAAUGAUGAAACUCAAAGGAAAUACAUUCAGGGCUUGAAGAGGCUCAUGACCAUUUGCCAGAAACACUUCCCUACUGACCCAUCAAAAUGUGUGGAGUACAAUGCAUUGUGAUGAUGACGAUCAGCUUCUGCUCUUGGAUGCCCAGACUGUGAGAGAAGAAAUUUUCUUUCAGAACUCUUGAUUUGGGAGUCUCAGUGGGGAUUGAUGGGAGAAGAAGCCUCUUGCUUAGGCUCAGGUUGACAUUUCACAGAUGUUAAUACUUAGAUUAUCUUUGAUCAUUUGUAUUGUGUUUAAGAGGGAGGAAGACAUUUCUGAGAAAUGUACACAGUUACUCCAUAAAAUGCUUUUGUAUCUGAAUAUUCAUUUUCUAAGAAUGUGAUUUUAUUCCCCCAAAUUCUCAGCUUGUGAGAUGUUUGAAAUUGAGCUGCUUUUGAUCCACUAGACACAAAGUUUCUCCACCCGCAAGUUUUGUGCUUCAUUGGCAGCAGCAUGUUUUUCUACAUUUUACUUAGGUUGCAGCUAAUGAAUGAUUAACUAAAUGCGAUCAAUUUAGGAUAUUGUAUUUUAAAAACUGUAAAUAAAUAGCUCCUUAGUAGUUUUGGUGUAAUUAAAUAAUCAUAUUAAAAAUUAAAGCCCCACCUUUACCCCAAAUCAAAACCAAAUCUGUAUUAUAAUCUGGUUCCAUUUAUUUUAGUCACUGAGCUCUUUGAAAAUGGAGAAGUGAUUACAGGUUGUGGGAAAUGUUCCUGUAGGAACUGCUUUGCAUUAGAGAUUCUACUCAAACGGUUUGCCAACAGACAUUGCUAGAAAAUCCAGCAUGCCAAGUUUGUUCCUCAGAAAUGUAUUUUCACAAGUCAGUAAGACUGGUUUGUGAGAGUACCAAGAGGGCUCCUGUUUUAAGCAGUCCUUCUUGGACAGCUGAGGAGAUGGGGAAGUGGCUUUCAUCAUUUUCUAGUAAAAAUAAGAAAGAGGGAGAUAAACUGCACAAGGCAACAAAGGUGUAUGGUUACUUCAUGUCAGGCAGGGUAUCGUCCUGUGCUGUUUGGCGCUUAAUUUUGUUUCUUGAAAGCAGCAUCCUGUUUCCAACAAUAUGCAAGUAGUUUCUAAAAUAACAGUGCAGCAAUGUAAAUAUAAGAUUGAAGGCUGAGUUUUCAGGUAAAAUAGCACUGUGAUGUGAUGGCUUAUAUUUGGUCAGUGGAAUUUAAGUGUCACGAAGUGUAGCCAGUUGGUAUUUGCUUAAUUUAUUACAACUUAGGGGGGUUUUUUUUGGCCUGGAAUGGGGGCAGGGACUUGUCAGGUUUUCUGCCUCAGGUGCCAGAAUAAUUUGACUGACCUUAGUACAGUGGUACCUCGACUCAAGAACUUAAUCCAUAU